UGCCCACCUCAAUGAUCAGCGAUGCAUCCAAAGCCCAUGCCCUCGAGUUCGUCUACCACUGGGUUAACGAGGACGGCCGGACACCAGCCACGUUGACGGCGGGGAUGAAAGUCGUUCCCACGGACUCCUUCACCUCCUGUCCCCCGCUCGAUAUCGUCCUCAUCGCCGCGGGCAAAGUCGGCUACGAGGCCAGCGAGGCCGAGAAGGCCUUUUUACGCAAGAGCUACGCCGACUGCGCCGCCAUGCUGUGCGUGUGCGCCGGCUUCGAGCCCGUGCUCCAUGCCGGCCUCCUCGAGGGGAAGACCGCCACCGGCCCGCGGUUCCUGCUGCCGAGGCUGCGCGAGCUCGCCCCCGGCACGACCUGGGUGGAGAAGCGGUGGGCGAUUGAGGGAAAGAUCUGGACGACGGGGACGCUGCUGAAUGGGCUGGAUAUGGUGGCUGCGUUUGGGCGGGCGACCUGGGGGACCCGCGGGGAUUUGGUGGAGACGGUCAUUAAGAAGGGGUGUUUUCCGUGUCGGGAUGUGGAUUUUGGGGAUUCAGAGGAGGCACGUUGAUGGUGGAUGUGUGGGAGAGGCUAGAUUGAGAAGAGGUGGUAUGUAUAGAGAACUUCUAGUAUAACAAGCAACGAGACAUGUCUAGAGGCAUCUUGAAUAGAUGGAUGGGGUGUAUUUGUAUUUAUCUCUGUUCAGAACCCAACCAAGAAAAGAAGACAUUAAAAC